AUGGCAACUGCAUCAGUGUCAACACCUUUGAAGAGCCAUCAUGGCCUCUUUUCCUCAAAGACUGCAGGUGGCAGAAUGCCUUUGACCCCUUCACCCAGACUCAGAACAACGAGCGCCCCUAUCAAUGUCUCUGCACACUCCUCUCCUUCCACUCCUCUACGGAAAGAACAGUCCAUUCACAAAUCCGAGCCUUCUAUCUUCCUGUCCCGAUCAGUCUCCCGAUCAGUAUCAAAGUUUGCCCACGCAAACUCUCCCAAGUCAAACAUUGCCAAGGGACGACACUCUCCUAAAUCACUUGACCUUGGUGUCACUGAUUGGACAUUGACUGGAACUGGGCCGGCGACCACUGCUACUCCAUCAAGAGAAAAGGCCCGGAAAGAGACGGCUCUGAGAUCAAGAGUGGGCAAGACCACCAUCAGACUUCCACACAAUGCGGCAGACCGCUUCAUUCCCAACCGUGCUGCAAGUGCCGGUCUGGCUACGGCAGGUUCGGCCAAGGCCGACGAGAACACUCGGCCUCGAACUGCUGGCGCUGACGGAUCUGUGGUGCUGGCAAACGCUGCUAGUGCCUUUGACAUCUCGGCCCGCGGUGCAGAUGCAGACAUCACAACAGCGCUCGAGAGCCUCGGGCUGGAAGAUGAUAACACCUCUUCGUCAUACACUCGACCAGACCGAGACUCUGAUGCCUACGAGGCCUCGCUGGCUUCAGCCUGUGGCAUCUCCACCAGCCAGAGAAUUCUCGAGUUCAAGCCUGCGGCUCCGGAAUCUUCCAAGCCUAUCGACCUUCGCUCCCAAUACAACCGUCCUUUGAAGCAAGCCAGUGCUCAAUCAGCACAAUUCCGCAGACGAAUUCAAUCCGCACCAGAACGUGUGCUGGAUGCCCCUGGCCUUGUCGAUGACUACUACCUCAACCUGCUCGACUGGAGCUCAGGUAACCAGGUUGCCAUUGGACUUGAGCGCAAUGUCUAUGUCUGGUCUGCUGACAGCGGCACCGUGAGCUGCCUACUAGAGGCCCCAGCUGAUACCUACGUGAGCAGUGUGAAGUGGUCUGGGGAUGGCGCCUACGUCGGUGUCGGCCUCGGCUCUGGAGAAGUUCAAAUCUGGGAUGUUGAAGAAGGCUCCAAGCUGCGCAGCAUGUUCGGCCAUGAAACCCGCGUCGGUGUCAUGGGCUGGAACAAGCACACUUUGUCCACUGGAGCACGCAGCGGCCUCGUCUUCAACCACGAUGUCCGAGUGGCUCAACACAAGGUCGCCGAACUGGUCUCCCACACAUCCGAGGUCUGCGGACUGGAGUGGCGAUCGGACGGUGCACAGCUGGCUACUGGCGGCAAUGACAACCUUGUCUCGAUCUGGGACGCUCGCUCACUCGCCGCUCCCAAGUUCGCCAAGAAGAACCACCGUGCUGCUGUCAAGGCUCUUAGCUGGUGCCCAUGGCAAUUGAACCUUCUCGCAACCGGUGGCGGUUCGUACGAUCGCCACAUUCAUUUCUGGAACACGACUACAGGAGCCAGAGUCAACAGCAUCGACACCGGAUCACAGGUGACAAGCCUCAAGUGGAGCAACCACUACCGGGAGCUGGUGAGCUCCAGCGGCUUCCCAGACAACUCGCUGAGCAUUUGGAGCUAUCCGACCUUGGUACGCAACGUGGAGAUUCCAGCACACGAGACCCGAGUCCUUCACAGCUGUCUGAGCCCAGAUGGACAGAUGCUGGCUACAGCAGCUGCCGACGAGAGCUUGAAGUUUUGGAAGGUCUUCGAGAGAAAGGCGGGUGUCAAUGCGUCCGCGUCCAGGGAAGGCGGUGUUGGAAAAGGUGGAGCAAUGGCAAAGCAGAUGACUAUUCGGUGA